CCUGGAGGAGGAGAGCAGAGCUGGCUUGAUAUCUAUCACUCCAAACACACAGUUUCAGCCUGUGAUUUGAUUAUUAUUUACCUCUCAAAGUCAAGGAAAUGAGAGAUUCCAGAUUAUAGACUCCUGGGCUUUCAGACACAGAGACCAGCAGGACUCCAGUCACUUAUCCAAUUCCUCCCCCAGGGACCUCCACUCCACUCUCCAGGAUUUCAUCUUGUUCAACUUUGCUCAUUGCUGCAGGGCAACCCCAAGAAUCACAGCCUUCGGAUUUUGCACAGAGUUGGUCCAAGGAUGUCGAUGAAAUAUGAAGAUCUCCAGUCCUUGGAGAGUGAGAAGAAAAGCCAGGGUUCUAGAAAUGGGCUGCCUCCUCUCCCAGCCUUCCUGCAGCAUUUCUGCUCUGGACCCUGCCCCCUUCUGCUCACUCUGGGCCUCAUCCUUCUCCUGAUGAUUGGCAUCAUUGUGAUUGGGUCCAAAAGUGCCAAGAUUCAGAGUGAUGUGGAGACCCUGAGAACAACUUUCAGCAACUUCACUUCCAACAUGGUGGCUGAGGUCCAGGCACUGCACUCCCAGGGUGGCAGUUUACAAGCAGCAAUAACAUCUCUGAAAGCUGUGGUGGAAAACCAGGAGCAGGAAUUGCAGGCAGCCCGCAGCUUGAAUGACAAGGUGUUUUCUCUGGAGAGCAAGCUGGAGAAGGAGCAGCAGCAACUCCAAGCAGGUUAUUCUGAAAUGCUCCUGAGAGUCCAGCAGCUGGUCAAAGACCUGCACACCCUGCACUGUCAGAUGGCUGCGCUCCAGAGCAAUGACUCUCAAAAUGCCUGCUGCCCUGUUGGCUGGCUGGAGUAUGGAGGCAGCUGCUACUGGUUCUCCAGUUCUGGGAAGCCCUGGACCGAGGCUGAGAAGUACUGUCAGCUGGAGAAUGCCCACCUGGUUGUCAUCAACUCCCGAGAGGAGCAGUUUUUUGUCCAGGCACACAUAGGCUCCUCCUACACCUGGAUGGGCCUCAGCGACCGUGAAGGAGCCUGGAAAUGGGUGGAUGGAACAGACUAUGAGACCAACUUCAAGAACUGGAAGCCAGGACAGCCAGACGACUGGCAGGGGCACGGGCUCGGUGGAGGUGAGGACUGUGCCCACUUCCACCCGGAUGGCAAAUGGAAUGACGACGUCUGCCAGAGGCUCUACCGCUGGACCUGUGAGGCCAGCAUUAGCAAGUCCAGAUAGGAGUGUUCCUUAGAGCUGUUUCCUGUGGACCAUUGAGCCAUGGAAAUGGCAGGGAUGGGGGAGAGAGUCUUCCCCAGACACCCCUAAUAAGAUCUCUGUGGGAGAGAAACAAGCUCUGGGAGAUUGGAGCAUUGCCAUCAUUUUGAAUUUCUCCUUAACUUUCAAAGAUUAUAUAGAGUUCCUAAGGUGCUUUUAAAAAUUAAAUUUCAGUCCUAACCAGUUUGGCUCAGUGGAUAGAGCGUCGGAUUGCGGAUUGAUAGGUCCCAGGUUCGAUUUCGGUUAGAGGAAUGUACCGUGGAUGUGGUCACAU